CUAAAAGCCCAAAGAGAAGAAGAAGAAAAAAGCCUAAAACCAGAGACGGAACAAAGAGCGGCAAAUGUAUGCAGAUUCCGCCAUAGCUGAGAGGAAUACAUUCGACUAUACAUAUACAUAUAUAGAAAAUUAUAUAUAUAUAAGCAGAAAUGAAGGAAAGAGGAGAAGCAGAAGAUUUCGUGACACCAGGUGAAGUAUUGGGGAAAACCUCAGAGUUGAAACCUGGUAACGGCGCGUACGUUUCACCCCAGGAUAACACCGUCUACGCCUCCCUCGCCGGAAUCCGCUCCCUCACUCCUCCUCCACCUGAAUCCGCCGACCUGAGGCCUACGGUGGAGGUGAAAGGUCACAAGGCGCAUGGUCCGGUGCCGGAGCCUGGUGCUAUUGUCCUUGCAAGAGUUACCAAAGUGAUGGCCAAAAUGGCUUCAGCAGAUAUAGUAUGUGUUGGUCCCAAGUCCGUACGAGAAAAAUUUACCGGCAUUAUUAGGCAGCAAGAUGUGAGAGCAACAGAGAUUGACAAAGUAGAAAUGCACUCAUCUUUCCGCCCGGGCGACAUCGUUAAAGCUUUAGUUCUGUCCCUUGGAGAUGCGCGAGCUUAUUAUCUAUCAACUGCAAAAAACGAACUCGGCGUUGUUUCUGCAGAAAGUGCAGCUGCAGGUGAAACAAUGGUUCCGAUAAGCUGGACAGAGAUGCAGUGUCCUUCAACAGGUCAAAUUGAGCAGAGGAAAGUUGCCAAGGUUGGGGCUUGACUGAGUCAACCUUAAUUCUUGGUCUGAAAAUUGCCCUCCUUUGCAAAAGAGAUGCAACUUUUUUUUGUUUAAUCUAUUGUUGUUGCUUCUCAGAAUUUAUUACACCGAUUGUUUCUGCUAUGUCAACUUCCUUUUAAUUUUAAGUUAAAAAAAUUGUUUUCUUAGGUUAUAGGCUAUGAUAAUGACUAUUAUUUGGGGAAACUUAUUCUAAACAGCUGAUAAUCUCAUAUGUUUGA